GGUUCACUAUUCACGUGACGGAUAACAGCUGACCUGUCAUGUGAUAACACACCUCUAAUAUUAUCCCGCAAACAAGAACCUGAAAACUAAUAAAGACACUACGAGGGCGGAAAGUCAACGAAUGUCACCAAAAUGAGGAUUCUGGCGCCCUUCUUUGUCCUGGCAUGCUGCUCAUUGGGCUUCAGUGAACAUCUGGAGGCAGAUCAAAACAUCUUGAUACCGGACCAUUGGGCUCACAUGGGUAGGGUCCGUCCCACAGAAGAGAUUGAGUUGACUUUUGCCUUGAGGCAGCAAAACUUGGACCGACUGGAAGACCUGCUUCUACUAGUGUCGGACCCAUCAUCGCCUCAAUACGGGAAGUACUUGACGCUAGAGGAGGUCACCGCUCUAGUACGUCCAUCCCAGCUGACCCAGAAAGUGGUGCGUCAAUGGCUGCAGAGCAAUGGGGUAUCAAACUGCCAGACCGUCCUUACUCAGGACUUCCUCCAAUGCUCUAUGACAGCACAAGUGGCAGAGGCCGUGCUUCCAGGCAGCGAGUUUCACCGCUAUGUGAGCGAUGACCACUCGUUGGUGAGGUCAUCAUCUUUAUACCAGGUCGACGGGGAUGUUCUCCAGCACAUUGAUUUUGUUGGAGGGGUUCACCGGUUCCCACCCAAGGGGCAGGACCUUAAUGAAGUGCUGACAAAGAGACGGUCCGAAGCAAAAUUCCACCUCGGUGUGACACCUGCUGCUCUCAGGGCUCGUUACAAUUUGACGGCAACAGAUGUUGGUUCUGCUCAGAACAACAGCCAGGCUGUGGCCCAGUUUCUGGAACAGUUCUACCACCCUGCAGACCUGGCCGAGUUCAUGGCGAUGUUUGGACAAGGCUUCCAGCACCGGUCGGACGUCGACCGGGUCGUGGGAACACAGGGCGGUGGGAAGGCCGGCCUGGAGGCCAGUCUGGACAUAGAGUACAUCAUGAGCACCGGGGCCAACAUCUCGACGUGGGUCUUCUCCAAUGCAGGCCGACACGAGUCCCAGGAGCCCUUCCUGCAGUGGCUGCUGCUGCUUAGCAACAUGACGGACAUCCCAUGGGUCCACACCAUCAGCUACGGCGACGACGAGGACAGCCUGUCCGCGGCCUACAUGACUCGCAUCAACGUCGAGUUCAUGAAGGUCGGUGUCCGGGGAAUCUCCAUGCUGUUUGCCUCAGGUGAUAGUGGAGCCGGAUGCAAACACCUAGCUAAAGGAGGAAAUUGUUUCCGACCGAGCUUCCCAGCAUCAAGCCCAUAUGUCACGACAGUGGGGGGGACCUCGUUCAAGAAUCCGUUCAAGAUCACCUACGAAGUCACAGACUCCAUCAGUGGAGGAGGCUUCAGUAAUAUCUUCAAGAUGCCGGACUACCAGGUUGGCGCCGUGGAGGCUUAUCUGAAAGCGCAGUCCGCUCUGCCCCCGAAGACGUACUUCAACACCAGCGGACGAGCCUACCCGGACCUGGCUGCCCUCUCCGACAACUACUGGGUGGUCAGUGACCGGAUACCGAUUCCCUGGGUGUCUGGAACCUCGGCCUCCACGCCGGUGGUGGGAGGGAUCCUCGCUCUGAUCAAUGACCAGCGCUUCCGGAAAGGCCUGCCUUCUCUGGGGUUUCUCAAUCCCCGUCUGUACCAGCUGAAGGGCAGAGGACUCUUUGAUGUGACGGAGGGCUGCCAGAAUAGCUGUCUGGACGAGCAGGUCCAGGGGAAGGGUUUCUGCGCUGCCGCGUCCUGGGACCCUGUUACCGGAUGGGGAACACCCGACUACCCUGCUUUUCUGGCUGCACUGCUGGAGGGGAAAUGAAGACCUGGGGCAAGUGUUCAAAAAGUCAGCUCAUUACAGAAUGGAGAUGUUUCAUCAACCAUGAUGCUUUGGAAUUGCUGCAGCUGCCUGCUUAUGUGGUGUAGAGUGAUGUCUACUUCCUCCUGUAAAUUACGCUGGAAAGAUACUUUAUUUUUUUUAUGAAAGCUUUUUGAUUUUAAUGUAUUUCAAAGAAUCACACUGUCUCAGGUUGAGUUUUGUAGGACUAACUUCCAUAAAAGUAAUUGAUUUAAAAAAGGUAAAUUCAACUGUUACAUGAUCAUUUAGCCAGGUGAUUAUACCCAGAUCUGGUAUGCUAAUCAAUAACAAGGUAAUCAGACAAACAUUUCCUCAUGCAUGCUUUAAAAUAAAAAUAGGGCUAACCCUCUCUGUUCUGCUCAAGGAGACAUUUGAGGUGUUAUUGAUUUAAAUUAUUCAAAUCCAUAGGUCCAAACCAAAUGAAAUAAGCCCUUUUACCAGAUUCUUGGGAAAUUAAUCAUUGUUUUAAAUGGACUGCAUGUUGACUGUAAACACUGAAUAAAGUUUGGGGUUUUAUUUUUGAAA